AUGAACCAAAGCAUGUGUGCUACACCCGCACCUCGUCUUCAACUCCAACGGCGCUCACACCACCGACGACUCCCCUACGUCAUCAAGUAUCGCAUGCGAAUCACCAGCCACUCACGAAUGUCCCACCUCUUCACUGAAGAUCUGCACGAACUUGCCAUGUUUGUAAGUGCAAGGAAACGUCUGCAUGAGCAUACGGCCAUACAGGACGCCUUGGACAACGAAGGAGGCGGUAGAGGGUGCAUUAGUGUGUACUCUAGAGCAGGGAUGAGUGGCACUUUCGCGUUCUAUAGACCAUUACACUCGGUCAAAUUCGGUGAUGCGUUACACACAACUCCAAGAGCACACCUUCCGUUAUCACGCCCUGCCAUGGAAUUACCACAUCAGGUCACGAGACACAUUUGUGUGUUGGUGUGUUCGACGCGUUUUGCUUACACCCACCACUCUCUGCCACCAACGAUGCCCAUUGAACUCCCACAAAUGAGCGACACAUGCGCGGUACCCGUUCCAAAUCAGCCAGGCGAUCCACCGUCCGUCCACGAUUUCGGUCGGGCCAUUCGCUUCGGCCACGACCUCGUCCUAGGCCACCUCCAAGGGAAGGUCUCGGAAACUGAUCCAAUGAGCGGUUCAACUUACGCCACUAAGAUAUUGCUCGUGGCGGCGGGAGGACAACGAGAACAGCCAGCCGACGUCAACGAGCCGCCCCCCUGGUUCGCCAAUGCGAUCCGUGAUUUAAAGGAUGAACUCAAAGGCGACAUUCGUACUGCCAAACAAGAACUCAAAGCAGACGUUCAGACUCUGACACGUGAGCUGCUAUCUCCUUCAAUAGACUUAUCCGACCACAUCUUCUCUCUACCCGGAGUUACACAACCAGUCGACCGACGGGAGCGAUCCAACGGGGGAAUAAAGAAUGCCUGCCGAAUUCAUAUAAAGAAGAUUGUACACAAAGACAGAUAUCAUUUGCAAUUGAUAAUCGAAACCUUGGGCGACGUACAGGCGAUGUGCUCCCCUUUCUUUUUGGAAAGCAUUUUGGAGAGAUCUUAUGUACCCGACAUUGUCUACGCGAACGCUUUUACACUGGGCCGUGUCGUGACCCAAGGCUACAUUCGUUUGUUCACGUCUCAGAGGGCUCUCAUUCCCCUGCUACUCCAGAAGAUGUCGCUGAGCUUCGCUGUCAGCCUGACAUAUUCAAGGUCUGUGUCCAAGAUGCUAUCCUUGGUCGGUGUCACCUAUUCCGAAUCGCAACCGAAACACGGAUGGAGGCUGAAGGAGCCUACGAACAACGACACCUGUGUGAAGAAGGUUCUUACGGCUCCGUACUUCCCUGCUCUCUCUCCUCUCUUUGGUCUAACCCAGAGUUCAACCCUUAGAACACUUCGGCUUCGAGGAAAAGGACAUCAUCAUGCUCUCGGACAGCGAUGCGUCUUCCGAUCGUCCAACCUGCUUCAGUUGGAGCGAUGCAUCUUACGCCAGGACAACGGCGAUUACUUCUUCCUUUAUUCUGGUCAUUCGUUUCAACGAGAAGACAUUGCAGGUGUUAAAGAAGACAGGCGAGAGGAGUAUAUCAUCCCAUGUGAUCCCAUCCACCCCAGUGAUAGCUAUAUUAUCGAGGAGAAGAUCACAGGUGAGGUGUUGAACACGACACUGGUAAAGCGUUUAAGGAAGGGUUGCCGACUCCUGGUACGCCAAUCCUAUGAAGAUUCCCUGAAGAUUUUACUCACGUUCAUACGGGCGCUCGUCGACUCCCAUCACUCCGGAACUCUUCUAAGUGCGUCUUCGCCACUAAUCCUCCAUGAUGAUCGUCCGCUGAUCAAGGAUCCCCAGGUCUACGCCAUCAACAUUGUAAUCGAGCAGGAGAUUUCAGGAGUACCGUACGUUGCUAGACCUUUGUUCGUUCGAGAUGUCGGAUUUGACGCAUACCUUGCUAUCGCAACUUUCGAGCCGACUCUUCUACCUCAGUCGUCGUCGAACCUCUUCGAUCAUUUAAGCGGUAAUUGCCUCACGAAGACGAUUCGCGAGAUAGACAGGAGCUCCCCAGGAUUCCAGUGUUGGCCGGUCGAUGACUGA